UCGACCGAGGAAAGCAAACGAAAAAAGAAAAGGGGUUUAAAAAAAAGAAGAAAAAAAAAAAAAAAACAAAGCUUCGUUCUUGUAUGUAUGACCACAUUCUCUUCACGGAGAUCGCCAAACAAAUUUUUUUACCUCAACGUUGAAGAAGUGGCCUCAGACAGAGUCUAGAUUUUUUGUCAAAGAACAAAACUCCUUUGAUCUCCCUAUCUUCGAAACCCCCAAUCUAAUUUCUACCUUUCAGGUUCCACCUUCAACCUAUAACAUUUCUCUUCGGUAUAUAAACAAAUCUGUAUCUGCGUGUACAUAUAUUGCUUGUUUUUUUAAUAAAGUUUAUGUUGGAUUAUGGAGAUAUGGGAAAACCCAUGAGUUGAUAUAAAAUUUCGUGGGUUUUCUUAUUGUUCCAUAACGAGAGGGGGAUUCGAAGUAGAAUUAGGAUCUGGGGUUUGAUUUGUUCUCGCACAUUCAUCGAAUAUCGGCAAUACCCGCGUAGCCAAGAUAUGAUUUUCAUCAAUGUCCUAUGCAAUUUCAGAGAUACGCCAUCUUUAUCAAGAUCCUUUCCCGUGGAUUUCGUGCGUUAACCCAGAUCCAUGGCCAAGAUCUAGGUUAGGGUUUUCUGUUUACUCUCAUGGGAUUGAUCUAGGCUACUUUGGGUUUGAUUGAAUUUCUUGUUUCGUCGUCUUCGUCAUCAUGUUCAAGCAAUUUCUGAGUAAACUUCCUAGGAAGUCGGCGAAAUCUGACUCGGCCGCUAAGCAGGAGUCGCCUCGAUCAAACUCACCGCGUUCGCAGUCCAACUCCAGGGCUGGCUCUUCGGGGUCUGGGCUCGAGGCGUCGAAAUCCAACGGCGGGAAUUCGAGCUCGGGUCGAUCAAACUCAGCGAGGCGCACAUCGUCGGCCGUGUUUCCGGCGAGCAUGGUGGCCGGAAUUGAGCCCUUGUUGCCAUUCAAGGACGUGCCCAAUGCGGAGAAGAUGAACCUCUUUGUCAGCAAGGUGAGCCUUUGUUGUGUCACAUUCGAUUUCACUGACCCGAGUAAGAAUACUGUAGAGAAAGAUGUUAAGAGACAGACAUUGCUUGAGCUUGUGGACUUUGUAGCAUCUAGGUCGAUGAAAUUUAGUGAGCCUGCAAUCCUUGCAAUGUGUAGGAUGUGUGCUGUUAAUCUAUUUAGAGAUUUUCCCCCCAAUUGUCGAUUUAAUUCGAGUGGCGGCGGCGAAAAUGAUGACGACGAGCCUAUGUUUGAUCCGGCAUGGCCACAUUUGCAACUUGUGUAUGAGUUGUUGCUUAAAUUUGUUACUUCUUCGUGUCUUGAUGCUAAGAUAGCGAAAAAGUACAUAGACCAUUCGUUCAUUUUGAGAUUGCUAGAUUUGCUUGAUUCCGAGGAUCCUAGAGAAAGAGACUGCUUAAAGACUAUUCUUCAUAGGACUUAUGGGAAAUUUAUGGUUCAUAGGCCAUUUAUAAGGAAGUCUAUAAACAAUGUAUUCUACCGGUUUGUGUUUGAGACUGAGAGACAUAAUGGGAUUGCUGAGAUAUUGGAGAUCUAUGGGAGUAUCAUUAGUGGAUUUGCAUUGCCUUUGAAAGAGGAGCAUAAGAUUUUCUUGCGGAGGGUUUUGAUUCCUCUGCAUAGGCCGAAGUCUUUGGGGGUUUACUUCCAACAGCUGUCCUACUGUGUUGCACAGUUUAUAGAGAAGGAGCCAAAGUUGGCGACCAUUGUGAUACAGGGUCUGUUGAAUUGUUGGCCAGUCACAAAUAGUCAGAAAGAGGUAAUGUUCUUGGGUUUGUUAGAAGAGAUUUUGGAAGCUGUUAAUAUGAUGGAAUUUCAAACAAUCAUGGUCCCUUUAUUCUGGCGGAUUGGAUGCUGCAUUAACAGUUUCCACUUCCAGGUGGCUGAAAGGGCUCUUUUCUUUUGGAACAACGAUCAUAUUGUCAACUUAGUUGCACAUAACCGUCAAGAAAUAUUGCCCAUUAUUUUACCAGUCCUUGAAAGGAAUGCCCAGAACCACUGGAACCCAGGAGUGCUCCAUUUAACUCUAAACCUUAGAAAGAUGUUAAUCGAGAUGGACGACGAGCUGUUCGCAUCUUGCUAUGCUCAAUUUAAGGAGGAAGAAGCAAAUCUAAGCUUGGCAUCUGAGAAACGGAAAGAAGCGUGGGAUCGGCUAGAGAAAGCAGCCAGACUUCAGCCAAUAGCUGGAAAUGCUGUGUUGGUUACUCCUUAUGCAACUUCACUUUCAUGUUAGAAUAUGUAACUUUUGAACUAAUGUUCUCCCUCAGUUUCUUCUUUGGUCCCUGGUAGAAGAACUAGGAAGAGUUGUACUCAAAAUGGCUGUUGUUGGGAUGAUAUUUUUUUUCCUUAAUGGUCCUACGACAGCCUGUUGUUGUUGUAACUUUUUGUUUUUUUUACCAUGUACGAUUCAUUGCCUCAGAAAGUUUAUGGGAAGGGGCCAUGAAAUGGAUUAACGAUUUUCUAUACUAGUUAGUACUUGAUUGCCUUC